AUGAAGCUCAUCGCAUCGGUACUAAAUCCAGUACACAAUUUUGAUGCCCGCAGUACGGCGAUGCUAAGCUUACUAACUUUCAAGAACUGCUUUCUAAGUAAUGGGCGAGUUCUGAUUUUCCAGCUUAAGCCCUGUCGAAAGCUACAAACUACGAGGUUUGUUUUGGCUGAAUCCGUAGCCAGCAACAACGAUAUUCUAUUUAACGCAACUGCGUCCAUGAGAAAAAACAAGGAUGCUGCCAAGCUCAUGACUGAUAGAAUCCACUAUGUGAGCCCCGCAAAGCGCAAGCAAACAAGGACUCCUAGCACAGGUCACCAAAACAGGAAGCGCACCACCUUGAAAUGGAACACGGGGAGCGAGAGAGCGCAAGCCGCUGCGAACUUCACCCUGCGGCAAGUGUUUAAAAUGAAUGAGCGUGGUGUAGUAAAGGUUGUGAACCAAACUACAAACAAAUUAGAAGAGACAAGCAUUUUAAUUUGGGCAGGCGAACUGGAUCUUCAAAAACACGGGUUAGCAAUUGUCGAUGUUGAACAACGCGGCACGUUUAGUAUACCUCUCGUGAAAUUAGUUGAAAGUAAGACUGCGCUGAAGAAGUAUUCUGAUGAAUUAGCGAAACAAAAAGAAGAAGAGCUGACAAGACUGGGAUUUUCCUCCAAAAGGACUGGUAGGAAAAACGAGAAUGACAGCAACGAAGACAACUUGAAGCAAAUCAAGGUCUCAUGGCAAAUAUCUGACGCCGAUCUUAACAAGCAAAAGGCGAAUGAAAUUAUUUCUCAGCUUAAAAAAGGCUACAAAGUGUUUCUUUAUAUGAAUGGGAAAGAUGCAUUAAACAAGUCGAACUGGGCCGAGGACAUAACCGACGAAGAGCCAGCACACACAAGGAAACACUCAGACAGAGAGUUAGAGAGGCGUCAGCAUAUUGUCGAACAGCUACAAGUAAUCGUUAACGAAUUUUCGCUUUCACCAACUGUUGAAGGUAGCAUAGAAACAAGACUAAUAAUGAAGCUUAGCCCCAAGCCUGUUGCAAGCAAAAAGGAGGAUAGGAUGGCGUUGAAAGAACAGAGGAAAAGAGAGAGGCAAGAAAAGUUGGAAAGAAAGCUGGAGAAAAAAAAGCUCAGAAAUUCUGAGAACUAUUGA